ACACCAAUUGGGUAGCUGCAUAUUGUCAACAGAAGUGAAAGAUGGCGGCCGCCAUGGUUUCAUCGAGUAGCGGAGACGAGGAAAACGCACCAGAAAGUCUCAAAAAGUCAAAAUUGUCAACACACAAACAUUGUUACAUGCAUAUUACGUCUGUGAAGCACGAAAAGGUUGAUUGUUUUACCAAUACAAGAUGGAAUACGUACAGGACAAGCUUACAACGGUCGCUCGGCUUGAAGGGAGACUCUCGGAACGUGGUGGCUGAAAACCACAAGCACUGUCUUGAUUUCGAGUUCGAAGAUAUUCCUGAGGACGCUGGCUUCCACCACAUAUGCUACAUAAGGUUUACCGACACAAAGGCCAUGACGAAGGUGGAAAGACGGCUCGCACGUGAGGGAGAUCAAGACGUUAGGGAGGACCUUGAGGUCGAGCCCAUCCCAUCGACGUCUCGCAGCACGUACCGAAGCCAAACAGAGAAGCUACGAUCAAGGUCAGGCCUGCCAAUCGCAGGCUCUGGCCCCGUCCUUCCUGCCCUGUGCAUUAUAUGCAAGAUGAAGGAGAAAAUGAUCAUCAAAGCAGGCAAGCGACAAAGGGAUCAACUGUGUAAGGCUGAAACAUUAAAAGCAGGCAAAUUGCAGAAAGCUGCUGAGAAGAAAGAUGACCAAAGUGUUCUUUUACAUAUAAAAGACAAAGACUGUGUGGCUCUGGAGGUGCGGUACCACAAAAGCUGUUACAGUCAGUACACCAUGUUUUUGCUGAGACCUGACAAACCAGAGACAGAACAGGAUGAGGCAAUGUUUGAUGCCAGUUACAAGCUGUUCUGUGAGAGGAUCAUCCGCCAGAGGCUGCUUGUCAACAAUGAGGUGCUUAGAAUGGGCCAGCUGAGGCAGGCCUUCAUUGACAUGGUGAAAGCAAACGAAGGUGUUGAUGCUUCAAACUACAGACAGGAUCUGUUGAAGAAGAGGCUGGCUCAAGAUUUCCCUCAGCUAGCGUUUCACAUGCCCACCAAGCGCAACGUCUGCGAACUGGUUUUUGCUGAGACUCUGUCAAAGGAUGCACUCGUGGACAUGCUACCAGAUCCAUCCGGUACGGAAACAACACAGUCCAGUGAAUUGAGCCAGACAGACAGCGACAAUGAAACAGGGAGAACAAAGUGCCAAACAACACAUGAGGACACAAGGACACUGUAUACAGCAGCGUUGUUUUUGAAAAGACUGCUUAGUGACACUCCUGGCAUGUCAUGCCCAUGGCCUCCCACUUCUGAAAAUGUAAAUGUCACUGAAUCUCAAACUGUUGUCCCCAUUGGACUAUACAAUCUGCUCAGCUGGAUUAUAGGUUCCACUGAGGAGCCAACACUGGAUCAUUAUGUCAACAUUGAUGAUGACGUACAUUUGAAAGUGUUGUCUGUUUGUCAAGACAUUGUGUACCUUGCUUCCAAGGGCCGCAAGCAGACACCCAAGUCCUUGGCUUUAGGUUUAACUGUUCGACAUUUAACUGGAUCAUCACGCAUUGUAUCACUGCUUAACAGACUGGGACAUUGUGCAUCAUGGGACACAGUUUUGAGUCUAGACACUAGCCUUGCCCAACUGACACUAGUAGAAGGCAGAGACAAAAUACCGAAGGGAUUCUCAAAGCGGACACCCACAACACUUGUGUGGGAUAACAUUGACUUUGGUGAGGAGACACUAUCGGGUCGUGGAACUACUCACCAUACAAAUGGAAUUAUGCUCCAGAGUGUGCCCGGCGAGCCUAUGUCCACAGCAAUCAGACAGCCACUGAGAAAGGGAGUUACCUCAUUCAUAGCCCCCCCCCCAAUGCCUAUACAACCUUACCAUCAGUCCAAAAGGCAAGGGCCACAGAACUUGUGUCAACCAGUGCAGUCAGCGACAUGCAGAAUGGACACCCACUUUGCUGUACAAGCUGAAAUGGCAUAUGCUUUUGUGAAGUCCACAUGUACGGAUAGUUGUACAAUCCCAAGCUGGACAGGGUUCCAUACACUGCUUCAGGAUGAAAACACUCUGCAGAAGUCCGCAUUGUAUUAUCUUCCAGUCAUUGAAGCCUCACCAACAGAGAUGUCAACAGUCAACACUAUCCUGAAGCGAAGUGUCCAGAUUGCUGACCAGCUAGAACUGGAUCAUAUCGUUUUAGUGUUUGACCAGGCUAUAUAUGCCAAAGCACAGCAAAUACGCUGGAAGGAUGUUGAGUUUACAAAGCGUCUAGUGAUUAGACUAGGUGAAUUCCAUACAUGCAUGUCCUACCUGAGUAUUCUAGGCAAAAGGUUCGGAGAUGCAGGACUGCAAGAUAUCCUCAUUGAAUCUGAAGUUGUUGCCCCAGGAUCCAUCAAUGGGGUACUCAAUGGCCAUCACUACAAUCGCAGCAUGAGGGCUCAUAAACUUCUAUAUGAGAGUCUGCAGCGCAUCCGGUUUAUCACCUUCAUGGACUCCUUGCCACCCCAAGAGAGAGCUGCGUGCAUGGAUGUCAUCACUGAGAUGGAAUGUGCCUUUCCAGACAGAUUGAUGGAUGUUUUGAGUGCAGAUCAGAGGUUUGAUAAUAUGUGCUCGAAAUAUGCAGACUUUGUGCAGAGGAGGAGUACAGAGAAUGCAACAUUUGCUUUCUGGAGCUCAUACAUUGACAUGAUGCAGCUACUCCUCCUGUUUGUGAGAGCAACGCGAGAAUCAAACUGGCAGCUUCACCUGUCAACCGUCCGGUUAAUGAUGCCAUGGUUUUUUGCCUACGAUAGAGUAAAUUACGCUCGAUAUUUACCUGCAUACUGGCUGGAAAUGAUGAAUCUGCCUGUCACACAUCCCUCUUGCCACAGUGACAUGAAUGUGAAAGGCCAGUGGACUGUCCAGCGACAAAGUGUUCAUGGAUUUGCCUCCAUUGCUUGCGACCAGGCUAUUGAGCAAACGCUUAACAGAGAUGCCAAGACCAAAGGUGGCUGGACAGGGAUCACACAAAAUCGGUCUGCAGUGUAUCGCUGGAUACUGUCACAGCAUGAAAGAGCCGCGAUAGCAAGACAGUGUGAAUCAAUGGCAGGGAUAUCUCCUGAGCUACGGACAAGAAAAGACCUGGACAAGACACGCAUCUCUGCUGAUGCAAAGGCUGUGAGUAGAAUCUUGGACACUAUUGAUUCCAUGCUCAACCCUUUUGAUGUACACCAAGACGGCAUUGUGUGUCUUAGCUCUGGAAGAGUAGCAACAGGAGAAAUCACAAAGGAUUUGCUUGUUGCCUCAGAAAAGGGUGAAAAUGCUGUAAAGGAGUUUAUGGAGCAGAGACUGUUAUCCAAAACAGUUGACAUAUUUGCCCCCAUAAUAUCACAAAAACUCAAGACUCUCAGUGAUCAGAAAAAGCCCCCCAAAAAAUCUGCAGCAGGCAAGGAAGUGAUUUUGCGUGCUGACAAGAAGUUAUUUUCCAGGCUCCUCAUCCUUGGCCAGAGCAGGAAAAUUGAAAUGAGGGAAAUUCUGUCAUAUUCCUUGGGAACUGUGUCAUAUCCAUUAGCAAGUGCUGAUGGUUCACUUGCCAAAACAAACAAAUCAGCUCUCAUGGAUCUAUUGCAGAGCAAAGGUGGAGAGUGCUUGGUUGACAAAGUUCCAAUAGGUGGUGCCAUUCUUUUUGAUGGCAUGGCAGUCAUGCAGGCCAUGCCAUCCAGACCAGCAACAUUUGGAGAGCUUGCAGAGACCAUACUGCAGAGCAUACUCCAACUUGCUUUGCAUCACAAGUGUACACGCAUUGAUUUUGUCACUGACCGGUAUCCACCCAUCAGCAUCAAAAGCCUAGAACGGUCCCGUAGAGCUGAUGCAGGGUCACAACUAAUAACAAUCUUCAGCCCAGAUCAGAGAACUCCAACCCAGUGGAAGAAGUUUCUCUCUGACGGAAAAAAUAAGGAAGCACUGGCCGAAUUCCUUUAUGUGGCAUGGACACAUGCAGACCUCACAACAGUGGGUAAAAACCUCAGCUUGUACAUUGCCCAUCAAAAUCAAUGCCACUGUGUAACUGUCAUGGAGGGUGUACAGUCUGUUGAUGUUGUUGAAGACCUGCAGUGUGAUCAUGAGGAAUGUGACACACGGGUGUUUUUACAUGCCCAACAUGCUGCACAGGAGCACAAAGCUGUCAUCAUCAAGAGCUCGGACACUGAUGUGGCAGUCAUUGCUGUAAGUCUGCAGGCAGAUUUGCCAUGCAGCUUAUAUGUGUUCACAGGGACUGGCAACAGGACACGGAUCAUUGACAUUGCCAUGGUGUCAUCAGCUCUCGGAACCAGUGUGUGUUCAGCCUUGAUUGGAAUUCACACGUUCUCUGGGUGUGACUCCACAAGCGCUUUCUAUGGCAAAGGCAAAAGAAAGUCAUUUGCUGUUGCAUGUGAGAAAGAUGACUACCUUAAGGCUUUCAGAAGUUUAGGUACUAACUUUGACUUGGAGCAAUCAACAUUUGCACUUCUUUGCCGGUAUGUAUGUCACCUGUAUGAUCAGCCAGCAGCCGAACAUGUAAAUGAUGCUAGGUACAAGGCUUUCUGUAUGGCAUCAUCGGCCUUGCCAGAAUUAAGCAUUCCCCCUACUCAUGAUGCCCUCCAUCAGCACUGCAAAAGGGCAAAUUACCAGGCAGCAAUAAUGAGGUCCUGUCUCAAAAGAGAAAUGAAUGCUCCAUCACCUGCUGGAUAUGGUUGGGAAAUAGAGGAUGGGAACUUACACGUCACCUGGAUGACAAGAAAUCCUGCCCCUGACAGUGUGUUGCAUGUGAUACACUGCAGCUGCAAAGAGUCUGCCUGUGAGAAAGGCAGAUGUUCAUGCUUCUCUGCAGGACUCUGUUGCACAGACUUAUGUCGUUGCUCAAAUUGUGCAAAUAAAAAAGAAACAGAGGAAGAGAACGAUGACUGCCCUGACACUGACAGUGAGGAAUAGGAAUAAAAGAGCCUUCUUUCCAUCUUUCUUAAGCUCUUUUCUGUUCUUUUGGUUUUAGUGCCUGGCCGACGCGCUCACA